AUUCACUUCUCUUUCAUCCGCUUACUGGUCUUUGCAUAUAGCUGCCCAUUACGACCGUAAUCCUUUCGAUCGGUUCCCUGCUCGACUCUUCUACAAUGCAAUCCAUUUUGAGAAUGAUUUUGAUCUCCCUGUGCGCGGCGUGCUUCCUGUUUGUGGUAGCGGAGUGUGCUUCGAGGCAGAAAAGAGGAGGUGGUUACGGCGGCGGAUAUGGUGGUUACAACCUUUACGGCCCCUAUUACGACAAAUUCGACUUUUACUACGGAAUUCCCGGCUUCCAUGUUUACUCGAAAUACGGAUCGGGAGAUUAUGGAUACGGGAAGGCCGUGUUCGCUGGAGAGCAUGGAUAUGGAGGAGGUUAUGGAGGUGGUGGCUAUUGAUAUUAAGGAUUAAUAGAGCGCUAUACGUAUAGUAACUCACAUUUAUAUUGCUAUUCGGCAUACAAUAUCCGAGAACUCUACGGUUGCCAGCCGGUUGCCGAAAUGUUUUGCUGAUUGUGUUAAUACUGAUGUAAAUGGGUUAGUUUUGUGGGAUGAUCUAAGACUAUGGAUAGCUGUGAAUGACAUUUUCGUCUUUGUGCUCAAAAUAUUUCAGCAAGACUGUGGGCAUGCUUGGCAAGGGCUUAUACAAUCGUUUCCCUUCUUGUCCUAAAUUAGCGGUGCUUCAGUUAUAAGCUUAUAAUUAGUAUUUCUCAUUUUUCCAAAGGGCGUCUGAAUUUCGCUCGUUGUUACUAGUUUAGAGUCACUCUGGAUAUCUGUUGCUGCUUGUCUUUUAGCGGUUUGCUGGUUCACCUUUUUGUAUGUGCUUGAAUAUUUCUAUAUCUUGCAAUAAUCAGUUGGUACGCGCAGUGCUAUCAUGACGGCCAAUACACGGAGAAAUAAAAAUCCUCCUAACU